AUGUGGAAAAAUUCUUUUUCCCCACUGCCCAAAAAUUCUUUGAAUGUGGAAGAAUUCGGUUGGAAACUGGAAAAUAACAGCUAUUCCUUCCGGUGGUUGGAGGCGGACGACGUUCCUCCUAAUGUACAGGAAAUUAUUGAAGCCCCAAAAGAAAACGACGCUAAUGACGAGGAAGUCGUAUCGAUGUGUACAAACUUUGAUGAUGAAGAGGAUGAAGAAUCAAAUGAUGACGAUGACAGCGAUUGCCAAUUCAAUAUUGGCUACACUACGGAAGAAGAGUCUGUACAUAGCCGCGAUGAUGAUAAUGAUAAUAUCGACGAUGAUGAUGAUGAAGCGAUUGAUGAUAAUGAUAAUUAG